GGUCGAGGCCAAAUACAAGGGCAAAACCUACUACCCUGGCAAGAUUGCUCGGUGCCACGCUGACGGCACCUUUGACGUCGACUACGACGACGGCGAGAAGGAAAAGCGUGUUGACCGAGAUCUUAUCCGCAUCAAGGGCGGUAGUCCCAAGAAGCCAUCGUCGUCGUCGGGGUGGGUCGUCGGUGCCAAGGUCGAGGCCAAGUACAAGGGCAAAUCCAAGUUCUACCCGGGAACCAUCGCCAAGGUGCACACGGACGCCUCGUUCGACAUCGACUACGACGAUGGUGAGAAGGAGAAGCGCGUCGAGAAGGACCUCAUUCGCCUCGUCGAGCCACAAGACACUGCUGGGUUUCGCGUCGGCUCUAAAGUGGAAGCGCGUUACAAUGGCAAGUUGAAAUACUACCCCGGCAAGAUCGCUCGUUGUCACGCCAACGGCACCUACGACAUCGACUACGACGACGGCGAGGUCGAGACCCGCGUGGACAAGGCCCUGAUCCGAGCAGCCGAAGUGAGCGCUGUGCUCAAGGUCGGGCAAAAGGUCCAAGCCAAGUACAAGGGCAAGGCCAAGUUGUACCCUGGCAAGAUCACAAAA